GGAAGCAGAAGCUAGGCUGGUUCCGCCCCGCGAGCGGCCAUCUUGGAGGCUGAGGCGGCGGCGGCGCUGCGGCGGGUUCGGUGGGCCCAGUCCCGGGGCGGUGCGGCUGUUUCGGGCGCGGCCCGGGGCUGCGGGGGACUCUGCGCGACGCUUUCCCGUUCGCGCCCGCCGCCCGCGGGGCCCCGGCCCGAGCCUGCCUGAGCGGAACCCGAGGUCGGUUACGGCGGGAUCCCGGAGCUCCGGGUCAGGGUCAAGUCGGGGACUUGACCACUCGGCCGAGUCUCCUGUCAGUUGGGACACUUGCGGCUGCCCCAGGACGGGCAGCCUCGAUCCUGGUUCGUCAAUGGGUCACGGGAGUCUGUCGGGGGAGGGCUACCGUUGAGCCCGCCGUCGCCUCGUCCCUGAACUGUUAGACUCCAGAUUGCCCCGUAAACCCCGAGAGAAAUGAGCGUGCCCGGGACUGUGCUUAGGGCCAGCGUUUCUGGGAAAUCCGGGCGGUGACAGUGGGAGACCGGAGUCUGGCUCCACCGCCGGCCGGCGGGAGUGAGACACGAGCCCGGAACAAGUCUAAGCUGCGCCGGGCCUCGCCAUCCACACCUGCCAAUUCCCUGCAUCCUUUCAGCCCCUGGCCAGGUGUCACCUCCUGGCCUCUUUUUCGGUGCCUGCCACUUAGUGCGUGUGUAUUUAACUCAAGUCCGGUUGCCAUCCUCUUGCCAGAUCCAGAUAGAAAGCGGCUGAAAGGUCGGGCCUCAGCCCGGUGGGAGGGCAGCGAAGAGUGUACAGCAGGCUUGGCUGGGGCAGGUCGGUGGCCCCGCGCCCUGCUCCAGGGGAACCAGACGGUGUAAUCUGGCUUCCGAAGAAAGGAUCAUGAGCAGCACCAGCAAUAAGAGGGCUCCAACCACAGCAACCCAGAGGCUGAAGCAGGACUACCUUCGCAUUAAGAAAGACCCGGUGCCUUACAUCUGUGCCGAGCCCCUCCCUUCGAAUAUUCUCGAGUGGCACUAUGUCGUCCGAGGCCCAGAGAUGACCCCUUAUGAAGGUGGCUAUUAUCAUGGAAAACUAAUCUUUCCCAGAGAAUUUCCUUUCAAACCUCCUAGUAUUUAUAUGAUCACUCCCAAUGGAAGAUUUAAGUGCAACACCAGGCUGUGUCUUUCUAUCACGGAUUUCCACCCGGACACGUGGAACCCGGCCUGGUCUGUCUCCACCAUCCUGACUGGGCUCCUGAGCUUCAUGGUGGAGAAGGGCCCCACCCUGGGCAGUAUAGAGACGUCGGACUUCACGAAAAGACAACUGGCAGCGCAGAGUUUAGCAUUUAAUUUGAAAGAUAAAGUCUUUUGUGAAUUAUUUCCUGAAGUCGUGGAGGAAAUUAAACAAAAACAGAAAGCACAAGACGAACUCAGUAGCAGACCCCAGACUCUCCCCUUGCCAGACGUGGUUCCAGACGGGGAGACGCACCUCGUCCAGAACGGGAUUCAGCUUCUCAACGGGCAUGCGCCGGGGGCCGUCCCAAACCUUGCAGGGCUCCAGCAGGCCAACCGGCACCACGGACUCCUGGGUGGCGCCCUGGCGAACUUGUUUGUGAUAGUUGGGUUUGCAGCCUUUGCUUACACGGUCAAGUACGUGCUGAGGAGCAUCGCGCAGGAGUGAGGCCCAGGCGCCAAGACCCAAGGCGCCACUGAGGGCACCGCGCACCAGAGCGUGACCUCGGCAGGCUGGACACACUGCCCAGCACAGGCAGACCCACCAGGCUCCUAGGUUUAGCUUUUAAAAACCUGAAAGGGGAAGCAAAAACCAAAAUGUGUGACUGGGCUUUGGAGGAGACUGGAGCCUCAGCCCUGUCCCGGCCACGGGCCGCUGGGGCUGGUGUGGGUGGGCCUCGUGUGCUGGAUUUGUAGCUUAUCUUCUGUGUUGUCUUUGGACCUGUUUUAGUAAACCCGUUUUUCAUUUUAUUAGAUGUGGUCACUUAGAAAUGCAAACUUGCUGCCCACCGCGGGCUGCUCCGGCGUUCUUGCAGCUCCCGGCGCGUUUCUCGGAGCUCCCGGCUCCUCAGCGGGUGGGAGCCUGGGGGCCCAGGGGUGGAGCUGGCGUCCGCGGGUGCUGGUCUGGCCUGGCCAUGUGGUGACGAGGCUUAGCGGGGCCAGUGACAGCCGUGGCUCAGGAUCCAUAAGCUGGGGUUUGGUCUCAGCAUUUACAAAUGUGUUCACAGUUAGAAUGAAACACAUUCCUUCUAGAAAGUGCUUGGGGUUUUUGCUGCCCUGGAAGCCAGGAGCCUGCUCACUCUGACCACAAGUCGCCCUUGACUGCGGCGGCUGCGAGCGGGGCGGGGGCUGCCGGUGCCCUCCGCAGGCAGGGCCUCCUAGGUACCCCUCGGUGCUGCAGGCUGGGGGGCCUCGGGUACCUGCAGAGCCUUUUCUCUGAAUUCCUUAUGUCCGGUGGCCCGGAAACCCGUCCUCCUGUGCUGGUGGAAGGCGGAGGACGGGAGUCCCUGCAGGAGGCCCUGUGCACUCGGGGGCCUCCCUCAUAUCCCGCGCCCCUGCGCUGGCCUUCACAGUAGGUAACGCCUCCGGCCCGGGUGUUCGCUGUCCACAGAACAUGGCAGAGGGGCACCCCGGCCCGGAAAGACGCCAGAGCCGGCAGGGGCUGUUUCGGGCCGCGUGGCUCCCCGGGUCGCGGCCAUCUCCCCUCUUCUGCGUCUGUUCCGUGACUUCGCCCGGGUGGGAUGUGCCGUGGGUGCAUGGCGUCGAGGUGGGGCACGGCCGCCGGCAAGAAACCCACCCUGUCCGGAGGCGGGCGUGAGACAAGCCCAGCCCGCACGCGCUCAUCUUUCUUCGUUUUUUGAUCAGUUUAUUCAGAAUUGCUCUAUAAUUUACCAAUUGUAUGUAUUUAACCUAUUCUUGUGGAAAAAAAAGGUCUUUCAUUAUAUCUUUAUUUCUGAA